AUGGUGAAGUAUUUCCUGGGCCAGAGCGUGCUCCGGAGUUCCUGGGACCAAGUGUUCGCUGCCUUUUGGCAGCGGUACCCGAAUCCCUAUAGGUACGUGGCCCUGGAAAGAGCAGUCCUCCCCCCCUCGCUGUUUGGAGAUCGAAGUGUGGGGCCGGGAGAGACUCGACAUCGAGUCCGAGGUAGGGCAUCGUCGGAACCGUUGUGGCCUUCUUUAGGCAAACAUGUCUUGACGGAAGACAUAGUGCACCGGGAGGUGACCCCUGACCAGAAACUCCUGUCCCGGCGUCUCCUGACCAAGACCAACAGGAUGCCCCGCUGGGCCGAGCGACUGUUUCCUGCCAAUGUUGCUCACUCGGUGUACAUCCUGGAGGAUUCUAUUGUGGACCCGCAGAACCAGACCAUGACCACCUUCACUUGGAACAUCAACCACGCCCGGCUGAUGGUGGUGGAGGAACGAUGUGUUUACUGUGUGAACUCUGAUAACAGCGGCUGGACCGAAAUCCGCCGGGAAGCCUGGGUCUCCUCUAGCUUAUUUGGUGUCUCCAGAGCUGUCCAGGAAUUUGGUCUUGCCCGGUUCAAAAGCAACGUGACCAAGACUAUGAAGGGCUUUGAGUACAUCUUGGCCAAGCUGCAAGGGGAGGCCCCUUCCAAAACCCUCGUUGAGACAGCCAAGGAAGCCAAGGAGAAGGCCAAGGAGACGGCACUGGCAGCUACAGAGAAGGCCAAGGACCUGGCCAGCAAGGCGGCCAGCAAGCAGCAGCAACAGCGGCAGCACUUCGUGUAGCCAGCCCGGGCUCCGGGGCGGUGGGACACCUGACGGCCCGGCUCCAGUCCCUCUGCCCUUCCUGCUCGUACUUUACUAGUAAAACUCAACUUCCAGCCCUUUCUGCUCUCUUGGGGGGGAGGGGGGUUGGGGCCGGGUGUCCUGUUCCGCGUGGAGCCGGGGGGCCAAGGACAGGCCCAGGGAGGGGCGGUGGCUCGCUCGGGGGCACAGUGUGCAGGGGGAGGAAGCCUAGACUGUAAGCUCCGCGAGGGCAGGGGCCUUUGUUGUGUUCUAUGAUGUGUUCCGGGUGCCUGGAACUGCGUCUAGCACAUAACAGGCACUCAAUAAAUAAUUCUUGGAGGCAGAAA